AUGGUGCCCUCAGUUAGUCUUGCGUUUGCAUGUGCGACCCUCGCCUGCCUUGCAUCCGUCCUACCGGCUGGCGCAGCACCUACGAUCGAUUCGUCGAGGCAUAUAUUCAACUGGGACCGCACAAAAUAUGUAUACGCCUUCGGAGACUCGUAUACCUUCGUGCAAGGUACCGAAGGCCUCACCACCUUCAGCUUCAUAGGCGAUGCAUUCAACUUCUCCUUCACGCCACAAGAACUGCUGGGGGAUGAAAUUGUGCCCAAGAGUAGCAGCUCAGACGGAUCCAGCUGGACUGAGUUCCUCACCGGUUGUUUCGAAGGGAAGCCUUCGGACUGCGCACCCCAUCAACUUUGGAACUUCGCCUUUGCCGGAGCAGACGUCGACAAGGCCUUGCUCCCAUUGCACCACAACUUCACUGUUGACCUGGUCGACGAAGUCAAGCAAUGGGUGCAAUUUGCGUCCCAUGUCGUGCCCCACCCCGCCGCAGAAACAUUAGUUGCAUGGUGGAUCGGAAUCAACGACACUGGGGACACGCUCAACCGAAACCUCACGGAGACAGAAUUCAGGGCCUUCUGGGAGCAAGAGAUGCAAUCCCUCUUUGGCGCUGUCCAAAACGCGUACGACCACGACCUGCGCGGGACCUACCUCUUCUUCAACGUCCCGCCGCUGGACCGCUCCCCAGACCACCUCGACACCGCAGUCGCGCCCAAAUACGCGCAGAACAUCCUCGACUACAACGCCGCGCUCGCCGCGCACACCGCCGCCUUCGCGCGCGCGCACCCGGAGGUGACCGUGCUCUCGUUCGACGCGCACGCGUGGUUCAGCCGCGUGCUCGACACGCCCGCGCAGCACGGGUUCACGAACAUCACCGGGUUCUGCGAGUGUACGGACCCGGGCUUCUUCUGGUUCAAUACCGGUCACCCCACCGAACACGUCCAUCGCCUACUCGCUGGCGCGAUCGAAAAGCAGCUGAGAGCUGCGUCUCAUUAA